GAAUUGAAAUCCAUAUUCUCCCCCCCACUCAUUCGACCAUUCAACACAUACUGUCAAUCAGUUUAACCCUGUAAACUGCGAGCUCCAGAAGCUUUCCUCAUCUUCCAACAAGAACUCGUUCACAAACUAUCUGAAUAAACCGUCAAAUGUUUCAAAUUUCCUUCUAAAUUACUCCAUUUUUCGAUCAUUCAACUUCAAAAAAAAAAAUGACGCCAUUAUUUCAUCGAAUCAAAGAGGUAAAACCGAACAAUUUGAUCCACCAAUUCAAAAGAUAUUACUUCCAGAUUCCCACACCUCGAUUCGUGAAUCAAACAACAUCUCCAAGAUUAUCAGAGCAUUAUUUUCUCACAAAUACUCCGAAAAUUCAAGCUAUUUUUCAACGGCGGGAACAAUUAUUCAACAUUAGGGUUCGGUUUUUUGCUGCUCCAGUUCAGAUUAAGAAGGAGGUAAAGGUACCUAUCAGCAGACUGCGGCUUAAUGAUGAGAUUAAAGCCGAAUUUAUAAGACUUGUCACUGAUGAAGGACAUUCUGUUAUCUCAAGAACUGAAGCUCUUCAACGUGCAAAGAGUCUCGAUCUUGAUCUGGUUGAGGUUGAUCGCAAUGAAAAGCCUCCUGUUUGCAAAAUCUAUGAUUAUAAUCGAGAAAAGUACAAGAAAAAAGUUAAAGACAAAGAGCGCGCUAAGAUAAAGUCUGCUGAGAGUGUAAGAAGAGGAGAAUGCAAAGAAGUCCGUUUCUCUGCAAAGACUGAACAAAAGGAUCUUAAUAUGAAAGCAGACACAAUUAAGAGAUUGAUGGAUCGUGGGUACCGAGUAAAGUGUGCCGCUACUGGUUCUGAAGAUGAUGAUUUAAGUGGAAUGAUAUCUCAACUAUUUGCUUUGAUAGAAGAUGUUGCAUUUGUGGAAUUUGGGCCAAAGACAGAAAGAAGGCAGGCAUAUUUAAUAGUCAGGCAUAUUAAAUAUGGUACGACAAAGAAAGGUGGCGGCAAAGCUAAGGAUAAAAUUGCUGCUAGCCCGGAGAUCUUUAAUGCCGCUGCUGCUAGCCCUGCAGUUCACAAUGUUGCUGCUGCCUGUAGUGACAGUCCUGAAUAUUUUGAAGGAGCAGAUAGUGCGGUAUCUGGCAUGGACAGUGAUGAAGAAGCGCCCUUGCAAGGUGAAGAAGAAUCUACAUGGUCAGUCACUUCGGCUUCUAGUGCACCCCAAAACUUUGAUAAAGUGUUUGAUCUUAGCCACAAUGUGAAGGGGAGUACCAGCUUUCAUGAUAAGCAAAUGAGGUUUGACAGGGAAGGAGCAGCUUCUACAGAAUAUAAUAAUGCUUCAAGAUCCUCUAUUCCUAGAGACCCCAGCUUUACUGGUCCAAAUGCAAGACAAGUCCCACAAGAAACUGAAAAUAGGUAUGCCAGAAGUGCAGCAAAAAAUGCUUCUGUUAUGAGGAAUUCUAUGAGAUUUCCUAACAACGGGACCCAUCCCCAACGCCAACCUCAACAUCAACCUCACCUUACUGUUCCUCCACCUAAAGGCCAAAGUCCAAGUGAAGGUGAACAUAAUCCACCCAGGAAUGUCCCUCUUCCUCGAGAUGAGAUUCCUCGACAUUUUGGUGAGAUUCAAGAUCAAUCAAGUCAACCUAAUGUUAACUUCUCGGGCUCUAUCGUACACCGUCAGCCACCUAUCAAUGAUGGUAGUCUUGCGUCCAAGUCAAAUGGUUUUGGUGUUUUUAGCAGUAUAAAGGUAAAUGCUAACAAUACCAAUAGUGCCUGCCCUUCUGAUGGCUCAAUAAGUCGUGGUCCAGGUGUGGUUACUGAUAAUUUACACCCGCCUACAACAAAAUUUGAUGAUGGUCCUCGGAAAUCAGAGUCUGCUGAUAAGAAAUGGGGAAUAUUCAGUAAAUAGAGCUUAGAUUAUGUGCCAGGGAGGUAUACACCGGUUAAAAAUUAUUGUCAUCCUAAUUUGUGUUGAAGUCAUGGUGGGAUUAUUAUUUGAUAUUUUGUAUUCUUAAAUUUUCCCUGCGGAAUAAACAAAUCCCUUAUUGAGAUGGUUAAGAUGGUUCUAUUUCAGGGUUUGUAAGUUGUAACAAUACUGUUGUUUAUGCUCUAUGCAGCUGCAGAAAUAUUGUUGUUCUUUCUGCAGAGAUUGGUAAGUCAUUGAUGUCAAUUCACACG